UUAAUUCGGAUUGGAUUGAAAAAUUAAAAACCGAAUCAUAUUUCGGAUUGGAUCGAAUUUGGCCUAAAUUCAAAUCGAAAACCGAACGGACACCCUACGGUAGAGUUAAUUUUUUCUUUUUUAUUUACAAUCCCAAAAUAAGUGGUAUAUGAAGAGGCCAACAGGCCCAAAGUUAACAAAGAUUUCCCGCGACGAUUAAUCCUUUGAACUCCAAACAAUAACACCACUUCAAACUUCAAACACAACUACCGCUGUAAUAAGAAGCCCACCAAUUCAUAUCAAUUCUCAAAGAAAACUGGGAUUUUAGGGGGUUGAACAAUAUCAUUAUGCUUGAAUCAGCCAACCAAAUCGAAGAAAUUGAUGCAUUUUCUGAUUCUUAUCUCUUCUACCAAGAUCCAAAUUCUGAAUUUUAUGAAGAACCCUCAAUUUCUCUAGACGAAAAUGGGUUCCCACAACCUCUAUUCAACGAACAAGUUGAAGAACAACAACCCCACAAAAUUGAUUCACUUAAUGAAGAUUCAAUCGGGUGUUCGAGUUCGAGUUCGGGUUCGAAAGACGGGAGCUUUGCUGCUGAUUUUUACCAAAGCGGGUCUGAUUGGUCUACAUUGCGAGUUGAUUCGCCUUUGAAUUCAAAGAAAUUGAAGCAAAAAAACCUUUUUCAAAUGUGGGGGCUUAAACAGGAAAAACAUGAGAAGGUGGAAAAUGAGAAGAAUAAAGAUAAGGAGAAUGAAACCCACAUUGGUGUUCUUCCUUAUAUGAAAACUGAUACACAUCUAAGCCCUCCUUGUGUGUCUCCUGACUCUUUUCGAGCCCGGAAUCGAGCUUUCGAAAUCGAUUCAAAGGCUUCUCAGAAAAGGAAAUCAUUCAUGGUACAAGGAAAUGCUCGGUCUUGCCCUUUUUAUAAGAAGAUUCCAGGCACUCCCUUUACUGUGGAUGCAUUUCGAUAUGGUGCUGUCAAAGGCUGCUCCUCUUAUUUUCUUAGCCAUUUCCAUGCUGAUCAUUAUGGUGGGUUAAGCAAGGCAUGGUCACACGGCCCCAUCUAUUGUACCUCUAUCACCGCUCGCCUGGUUAGAAUGUGUCUCUAUGUUAAUCCAUCAUACAUACGCCCUUUGGAGUUGGAUGUUGAACACCUAAUUGAUGGUGUCAAAGUGACACUGUUAGAAGCCAAUCACUGCCCAGGUGCUGCCUUAAUUUACUUCCAUCUUUCAGAUGGACAGCGUUUUUUACACACAGGAGAUUUCAGAGCUUGUAAACGCAUGCAAACUUAUCCCCUUCUUGUAAAUAACAAAGUCAAUGUAAUUUACUUAGAUACAACUUAUUGCAACCCAAAAUACAGGUUUCCUUCAAAAGAAGAAGUGACGAGCUUUGUUGUAAAGACUACUAUGACCUGUCUCAAAAAGCAACCAAAGACCCUUGUUGUAGUUGGGGCAUAUAGUAUUGGGAAAGAGUGUGUAUAUAUUGCCAUCUCAGAGGCAAUAAAGGUCAAGAUAUAUGCAAAUGCGUCAAGGAGAAGAAUUUUGCAGUCCUUUGACUGGCCUCACCUUUCCAAAAAUCUCUGCACCAACGGAAAGGAUACUCCUCUUCAUGUUCUGCCUAUUUCAUCGUUAAAACAUGAGACCCUUAAAACCUACUUGAAGACAUACCAGGAUCAGUUCAAUGCAGUCGUGGCAUUUCGGCCAACAGGCUGGACAUUCUCGGAGUCUGUCGGUAGUCAGUUGGAUCUAAUCAAACCCAAUUCACGAGGAAACAUCCAAAUUUAUGGAGUUCCCUACAGUGAGCACUCCAGUUUUACUGAACUGCAAGAAUUUGUUCAGUUUCUUAGGCCCAACAAAAUAAUUCCAACAGUGAACAUUGGAAAUGCUGCUAACCGGGAAAAACAGCAAUCAUACUUUAGACAGUGGUUAAGUGGCUGAGCAGUAAAAACAAUUGGCCAAUUUGUUUAUGAAUUACGGAGCAUUUUUUUGGAAUAGAUCAUGCUUGGUUGGCUCAUAUUGGUGACCGUUACGAAAUGGCUCCGAUUAAGCCAUGAAGGUGCUAUUCAAUUAAUGAUUGAUGCAUGUAGAUUGAUGGUUUAAUGCUACCAUCAACGUAGUUUGUAUAGUAGAUUCUUGCUCUUGCCCAUUAUAUUUUUUUUUUGAUUUUUGGGUAUCAAGUGCCAAAAUUUUCCAUUCAGCUCUCAAUCCUUGGGACAAGUAACCUAAGGCAAACACUACAAUGUUUCUUCCCCAGCAAAAGAAUACUUAGCUUAUUGGAACCACAUGAAUUCAUAGCCGCUAUUUCAGAUGGUACUCAAAGAUUGUAUCUAGUCUAUUGUAUAUCAGUUCUAUCUCAAAAGUUAGUUUUAAAUGCCGUAUAUUGGUUCAGUACAAAUUUCUUGUGCUUUUCUAACUCGUUGGAGUAAGAUGCUUAACUACUUUUACAGUUUUA